CCUGCCCGCCGGCACCCGUUUGCCCCUCACCUUCUCCCAGCCCACCACGACCACCACCCCCGCCACCGUCUCCACCCCCUCCCCCACCACCUACUAGCCCUCCCCCGCCCCUGUCUACAUCAACCCCACCGCCACCUCCUCCAAGUCAAGUGUGCGUCCCUCGCACGCUGCUGUGGUCGGAUGAGUUCACGGCACCCCAGUUGGACCUGGCGGCUUGGAGCUACUACCUGGGCACUGCCUACAACAACGAGGUGGAGGUGUACACCAACCGCUCCGGCAACGUGCGGGUGGAGGGCGGCAGCCUGGUGCUGGAGGCGCACGCAGACUACCUGGGCUACUCCUCGGGCCGCGUGCACACCCGCCUCAAGCGCGCCUUCUACCCGGGAAUGAGCGCGGGUGGGGUGGUGUACGACAAGGUCCGGAUUGAGGCGCGAAUCAAGCUACCCAAGGGUCAGGGCUUUUGGCCGGCGUUCUGGUUGCUGCCAAACAGCGCGACGUGCGAGUCCUGUGGACCGUACGGCGCCUGGCCAUACUCGGGUGAUAUCAGCAUCAUGCAGGCUGUCAACCGCAUGGACUGCGCGCUCAGCAGCAUGCACUACGGCGGCUACCAGGCGUCAGGUGCUGCGUACGGCAGUGAAACCAAGUACUGCCCCACGUCGUACAAUCUGGCGCUAGAGUGGCACACGUACGCGUUGGAGUGGAUGGCUGACCAGAUGUGGUGGUACGUUGACGACAUGCUGUACUUCACAACUGUCAGCCGCUCGCUGUCCAAGGACGGCUGGUGGACUGCCAGCCAAACCAGCACUGCUCCCGGCGCCAACGCGCCGUUUGAUUCACCCUUCUACAUCAUCUUCAACCUGGCGAUUGGCGGGACAGGGCCCGGCGGCGGACCGGACGCGACCACCACCUUCCCAGCUCGCAUGCUGGUUGACUACGUGCGCGUGUGGGGCUACUAAUGAGGAGGAAGGAGGAGAGCAGGCGGUUCGCGUGAGCGUUUCAUCAGAACGUGCGUGCCGUUGCUGGGAUGGAAGGAAGGAAGAUGUUUUGGUCCUUGUUGUAGCUCCUGCUGUCAGUAGUGCUGCUGUACGGUAACGGGCACAUGGCUUCCAGCUAGUACGAACAGGGUUGCCACACGGUUGCCACACGGUGCCGGCGGUGGUGCCGCAUGUGCAGGUGGGCGGGGAUGGUUAAAAAAACUGGUUAUAACAACUUUUCAAGCGAAUGCCGAACCCACCGGGCCUGACUCAGACUAGUCAGAACAAGGCGGUUAAUGUGCGUGGGCGGGGAGGGUCAGACGUCUCGUAGGGCAGAGCGGGCGCCAUGAACUCCAGAUGCCGUCAUGCCUUGCCGUACAACACGAGUUCGGUACACAAACUGUACAUCAUAUGGUUGCAGGGUUACGAACUGGCUUUUUCCGAGGGUUUCCCAAGGUGUAUGACGCUUUGGUAUUUGGUAUUAUGUUCAGUUUUCUUCACUGGUGCAUUUGUCGAGGAUUGCUGAUAUGUACGGUACGAUGCCGGUCAAAGGUUCGGAGGCGACUAAAAAACAUAUCUAGGUGGCGGAUUAGCUCCGUCCUUUAUAGCGUGCAACAAUUGCCAGCGUACAAAAAUGUGCGCUUGGCCUCGACAUGUUGCUUGUUUUGGAUCCUGAC